AUGUCGGGUACACCAAAGUGGUCCCAUCAUGAACAAGCCCCCUUAGGGGAGGCGGUCACGGUCACGUCGGCAGCAUUAGACGACGCGGAGAAGGGACUUUACGACGCUACAGCCGAUACAUGUGCAAUCCCAUCACCACCCGCCGUCUACCUGGACGAGAAGAAGCCCUCUUCCGCCGCCGAUGCUACCGUAGUACCGCCACCACGCGCCCCUCCCGCAGCGGUCAAGAAGCCCCAGAGGCCAAAGACGAGCAGAUGGAUCGCCUUCCAACUGUGGUUCAACACAUACCGGAAGUUCUUCACGUUUGUCACCCUGCUCAACCUCACCGGGAUCAUCCUCGCCGCAGUCGGUCGUUUCCCCUACGCGGAGAACCACCUUGGCGCUUUGGUGCUUGGCAACCUUCUCUGCGCGGUUCUGUUCCGCAAUGAAUUGUUUCUGAGGUUUCUCUACCUCAUCUCCAUCUACGGGCUUCGAAGCUGGGCACCGGUGAGCAUCAAGUUGGCAGUGACCUCAAUCCUACAACAUGUGGGAGGCAUCCACUCUGGAACCGCUCUCUCUGGCGCUGCGUGGCUUGUUUACAAGGUCGUCGAUAUCAUCAUCUACCGCCAAAAGCAGCACCCGUCCGUGAUUGCAGCCGGUAUUAUCACCAACGUGGCGGUCAUCAUCUCAGUGCUGAGCGCUUUCCCAUGGGUCCGCAACAACUACCACAAUACGUUCGAGCGUCACCACCGCUUUAUUGGCUGGCUAGGGCUUGCGGCGACUUGGGUCUUCGUCAUCUUAGGAAACUCCUACGACAUCAAGCGAGGCGAAUGGAGGGCCGACGCCAACUCUCUGCUCAACGUGCAGGAGCUGUGGUUUGCUGUGUUCAUGACGAUAUUUAUCCUCAUUCCCUGGCUGACUCUCCGGGAGGUGCCCGUGGAAGUUGAGAUUCCGUCGCCCAAAGUGGCAAUUCUCAAGUUCGACCGUGGCAUGCAGCAGGGCCUGCUCGGGCGAAUCAGCCGGACGUCCAUCAUGGAGUACCAUGCCUUCGGAAUCAUCAGCGAGGGCCGCAGGUCCGGGUGCCACUACAUGAUUUGCGGCGUGCAGGGCGAUUUUACCAGGGACCUGGUUGCCAACCCGCCCAAGACGGUAUGGACCAGGGAGCUGAAAUUCGCCGGUGUCGGGCACGCAUCCGCCAUGUUUAAGCGAGGGAUUCGCAUCUGCACCGGAACCGGUAUCGGGGCGGCGCUGUCCACUUGCAUACAGAGUCCAAACUGGUUUCUGAUUUGGAUCGGAUCCGACCAAGAGAAGACAUUCGGACCGACAAUCACGGGUCUCAUCUACAACAACAUCCCGCCGGAGCGCAUGAUCCUCUGGGACUCGAAGAAGCGAGGAGGACGGCCGAACACGGUGCAGCUUCUCAAGGAGGUGUGGGACAGCUUCGGAGCCGAAGUUAUCUUCAUCACCUCCAACAAGCAGGGCAACGAUGAGAUGAUGCAGGGUUGUCUCGAAGCCGGGAUGCAUGCGUUUGGAACCCUUUGGGACUUCUGA